AUGGCCUCGCGCAGCUCGCUCACGAUCUCGACGGACCUCAACAACGACGCGGCGCCGCCGGCCGCGGACGUGAGCUUCUUCGACAAGGCCGCGCUGCUCAUUGCGACCAAGCUCAUCAAGGACGACGGCGACGAGGCCAAAGCGUCGGCGUCGCCAUCGUGGGGCACGGCCAUCAAGCGCGACAAGUUCCAGGACAUGGACCUUCUCGAGAGCGGCAAUGCGCGCGAGUACAUUGCGGAAGAGAGCUUGAGCCCGACGUCGGCAAAGGCGUGGACGUACAGCACGGUGCACCGCAUCAACAAGACGCAAUACAAGAUGUUCUGGAACAACGACCAGUUCCUCUUGAGCGCCAAGCAGCACAAUGGCAUCUUUUACAUCUCGCAGUACGAGCAUUUUGGCGACACGGACAUGGAGACGCCAACUACGAGCUUGCUUUGUCCAUCUUGA